AUGAUCGCCUCACAUAUGAUAGCCUGCUUAUUCACUUAUCUCAAAAACCAAGUGCAGAAGGUUGACCAAUAUCUGUACCACACGCGACUCUCAGAUGACACCCUUCUGGAGAUUUCUAGGCGGUUCCGGAAGGAGAUGGAGAAAGGACUAGGAGACCACCCUACUGCAGCUGUGAAAAUGCUGCCCACCUUCGUGAGGUCAACUCUGAAUGGGACAGAACAUGGAGAGUUCCUGGCUUUGGACCUUGGAGGAACCAACUUCCGUGUGCUUCGAGCACUGGUGACAGACAAUGGCCUCCAGAAAGUGGAGAUGGAGAACCAGAUCUAUGCCAUCCCUGAGGACAUCAUGAGGGGAAGUGGAACCCAGCUGUUUGACCACAUUGCCGAGUACCUGGCCAACUUCAUGGGCAAGCUGCAAAUCAAAGUGAAGAAGCUCCCACUGGGCUUCACCUUCUCAUUCCCCUGCCACCAGACGAAACUAGAUGAGAGUUUCUUGGUCUCAUGGACCAAGGUGUUCAAGUCCAGUGUUGUGGAAGGCAUAGAUGUGGUGGAUCUGAUCCGGAAGGCUAUCCAGUGCAGAGGGGACUUUGACAUUGACAUUGUGGCCGUGGUGAAUGACACAGUUGGGACCAUGAUGACCUGUGGUUAUGAUGAUCAGAACUGUGAGAUUGGUCUGAUUGUGGGUACUGGCAGUAAUGCCUGCUAUGUGGAGGAGAUGUGUCACAUUGACAUGGUAGAGGGUGACGAGGGACGGAUGUACAUCAACAUGGAGUGGGGAGCCUUUGGGGACCAUGGUACCCUCAAUGACAUCCGCACUGAGUUUGACCCAGAAAUCAACAUGGGCUCACUGAACCCUGGGAAACAGCUGUUUGAGAAGAUGAUCAGCAGGAUGUACAUGGGGGAGCUGGUCAGGCUCAUCCUGGUGAAGAUGGCUAAGGAAGAGCUGUUAUUUCAGGGGAAGCUCAGCCCAGAAUUCCUUACUACUGUCUCCUUUGAAACCAAAGUUGUAUCAGAUAUCAAAGAGGAGAAGGAUGGAAUACAGAAGGCCUACCAGGUCCUGGUGUGUCUGGGUCUGAAUCCGUUGCAGGAGGACUGUGUGGCCGCCACACACCGAAUCUGCCAGAUUGUGUCCACGCGCUCGGCCAGCCUGUACGCAGCCACCCUGGCUGCGGUGCUGUGGCGAAUCAAGAACAAGGGCGAGGAGCGUCUUUGCUCCACCAUCAGUGUUGAUGGCUCUGUCUACAAGAAACACCCCCAUUUUACCAAGCGUCUUCACAAGGCCCUGAGGAGGCUGGUGCCCAAUUGUGACGUUCUCUUCCUCUGGUCUGAGAAUGGCAACGGCAAAGGGGCUGCUAUGGUGACUGCGGUGGCUUACUGGCUGGCUGACCAACACCGAGCCCAGCAGAAGACCCUGGAGUCCCUGAAACUGAGCCACGAGCAGCUGCUGGAGGUCAAAAGGAGGAUGAAGGUGGAAAUGGAGGAAGGUCUGAGCAAAGAGACACAUGCUGUAGCCCCUGUGAAGAUACUGCCCAGUUAUGUGUGUGCCACCCCAGAUGGUACAGAGAAAGGAGACUUUCUCGUCUUGGAUCUUGGAGGAACAAAUUUCCGGGUCCUACUGGUGCACGUGCAUAACGGGAAGCACAGGGGUGUGGAGAUGCAUAAUAAGAUUUACUCCAUCCCGCAGGACGUCAUGCACUGCACUGGGGAAGAGCUAUUUGACCACAUCUUCCAGUGCAUCGUGGACUUCCUUGAGUACAUGGGCAUGAAGGGCGUGUCUCUGCCGCUGGGUUUCACCUUCUCCUUCCCUUGCCAGCAAAAAAGCCUGGACCAGAGCAUCCUCCUCAAGUGGACAAAGGGCUUCAAGGCAUCUGGCUGUGAGGGCGACGAGGACAUGGUCACCUUGCUGAAAGAGGCAAUUUACCGGCGAGAGGAGUUUGACCUGGAUGUUGUUAUUGUGAAUAAUAAAGUUGGGACUAUGAUGACUUGUGGCUAUGAAGACCCUCACUGUGAAGUCGACCUCAUCGUUGGUACUGGAAGCAAUGCCUGCUACAUGGAAGAGAUGCGAAAUGUGGAGCUGGUAGAUGGAGAGGAGGGACGGAUGUGUGUCAACAUGGAGUGGGGGGCCUUUGGGGACAACGGCUGCAUGGAUGACUUCCGCACAGAGUUUGAUGUCGCUGUGGAUGAGCUCUCUCUCAACCCUGGCAAACAGAGAUUUGAGAAGAUGAUCAGCGACAUGUACUUGGGCGAGAUUGUGCGCAACAUCCUCAUCGAUUUCACUAAGAAAGGGCUGCUCUUCCGUGACCGCAUCUCCGAGUGCCUCAAGACAAGGGGGAUCUUUGAGACUAAGUUCCUGUCUCAGAUCGAAAGUGAUUGCCUGGCCCUGCUGCAGGUCCAUGCCAUCCUGUGCCACCUGGGGCUGAAGAGCACCUAUGAUGACAGCAUCAUUGUGAAGGAGGUGUGCACCGUGGUCGCCCGGCGUUCAGCCCAGCUCUGUGGUGCAGUCAUGGCUGCUGUGGUGGACAAGAUAAGAGAAAACCGAGGACUGGACAGCCUGAAAGUGACAGUGGGUGUGAACGGGACUCUCUACAAGCUCCAUCCUCACUUUGCCAAAGUCAUGCAUGAGACAGUGAAAGAUCUGGCUCCCAAGUGUGACGAGUCCUUCCUGGAAUCUGAGGAUGGCAGUGGGAAGGGCGCGGCUCUUAUCACUGCGGUGGCCUGCCGCAUCCGUGAGGCCGGGCAGAGGGAGAGCCGGAGACCAGACAGGAUGUCUGUUUCAUGGCCACUUCCCCACUUUAAAUGACGAGGAUGAACCCCUUGGCAUUUCCUCGGCAGAGGACCCUGUGAGGCUGAGAUUUUUGUCUCUUUAUGUUCACCAUAGUGUUUGACACCCAAUCCUUGGCCUUCCCGAGAAUCAGAAUUACGGAACUGUUCAUCCCUCCUCCAUUUUACUUUCUGUACAAUCCUAUGGGAUGGAGAGAGUCAUGAUUGCCUCGUUUUGGAACUGAAUGUGACAUUUGUGGAUGGAAAACAUCUCCCUGAGAGGAUGUUUGCCUCUGACAUUGGGAAGGAGGAGGAGGAGGAGGAGUACAGGGACAUCACCAGGGUGGCCGUAUCUCUGACGUCUCUUCAACUCAACCAUAAGCAUCUCCCUGCCAGUUCUAACACUUGCUGUCCUGGAAUAGAGAAGCCAAACCAAAGCCAAGAGUUGACAGCUCCUUCAAGUGUUUGUGGCUUUACCUCACAUGGCACCAUCCAUGAAAAAACAGACCUUGGUUGAGGGUUGGGUGGGGUGGUGGCUUUUGGUAGCUUUUUAAUGUUUUUUUUUCCUCCCCCAGCUGUCUCUGUCUACCCUGCAAGACUCCUGAAAGUUGCUUGCAUUCUUCUCCCAUUUCUCAGGUAGUAUUAUAUCCUUCUGAGGUCUUUGAUGUGGUUGAAGACUAGAUAGUUAUAAUUUCCUCAGUUACGAUAAAAGAUGGGUUAUAUACAAAACCUUAGACUCACAAAUAUAAGAUAGAUAGGAUAUCUUCUUUAAUAUUUAACUGUAACUCUUGCUUAAUAAUUGUUUUGUUGUAUGUAAUUUUACUAUGUUAAAGUUAAAACCUUCCUUUUUGAAAAAGAAGAAAAGGGGAAGUGCUGUGGAUAUCGCUCUGUAUAAAUAAACACUGAUUGGCCAGUAACCAGACAGGAAGUAUAGGUGGGACUAACAGAGAGGAGAAUUGAGGGAACAAAAAGGCAGAGAGACUGCCUGGAGCCGCCGCCAGGAUAAGUAAGAUGUAAGGUACUAGUAAGCCACGAGCCACGUGGCAAAGUACAGAUUAAUAGAAAUGGGCUAAAUAUAAGAGUAAGAGCUACACAAUGAUAGGCCUGAGCUAAUGGCCAAGCAGUUUAAAUAAUGUAAGCGUCUGUGUGUUUAUUUUAUAAGUGGGCUCUGGGAUUGGUGGGAAUUGGUGGAACCCGGAGAGAAAAGCUCUCCAGCUACAGCUGUGGACUUCCUUUAAGACUGAAAAGGCUCUCUGUAUUUCUAGUCAUAUAAGCCUUAAGCUUUCUGCAUCUGCAGUCAUGCAAGCUGCUUCUUGUCAUGCCUCCGCCCUACCAUCAUGGGCUCUAGUGUCAUUGGAACCAUACACUCUAAUAAACUCUUUCUUUUUAAAAUAUUAUUUAUUAUUUUAUUUCUUGACCAUCAUUUCCACUCCCUCCUCUCCUCCCUGUCUCUCACUCCCAUUUUCCCUCUGCACUCUGAUCCAUUCCUCCUCUGUUCUAUCCAGUGAAGGAUAGGCCUCCCAUUUAAAUCAAUAAAAACCUGACAUAUCAAGUUUCAGUAAGGAUAAGCACCUUCCUUUGUGUUAAGGCUGGGCAGGGCAACCCAGUAUGACGAAUAGAAUUCCAAAAUACAGCAAAAGAAUCAAAGACAGUCCCUGCUCCCACUGUUAGGAGUCCCACAAGACGACCAACUACAAAACUAUCACAUAUAUGGAGAGGUAUGAGGUCAGUCCCAUACAGGCUCCUUGGUUGUUGCUUCAAUAUCUGUGAGCUCCUAUAAGCCUAGGUUAGUCAAUUCUGUGUGUUUCCUUGUGAUAUCCUUGAACCUUCUGGCACUUACAUUCCUUCUUCCUUCUCUUCAGCAGGAUUCACUGAGCUCAGCCUAAUGUUUGGCUGUGGAUCUCUGCAACUCUUGCCAUCAAUUGCUGGAUGAAGCCUCUCUGAUGACAAUUGGAAUAGGAAUCUAUGAGCAUAGCAGAAUAUGAUUAAACAUCAUUACAAUGACAUAUUUUUUUUCUCUA